AUGGAGAAGAGAGCAAGCAUCAUGGAUAGCCACGGGGGGAAUGUGAAUAAGGUGCGAGUAGCGGUGCGCCUCCGGCCGUACAUGGAGAAGGGGGAAGAUAAGGUCUGUGUCCGGGGCCUGGACUCGCAGUCGCUGGAGAUUGUAAACUGGAGAAACCAGCUGGAAACCAUGCAGUACCAGUUUGAUACCUUUUAUGGGGACAAGGCCACCCAGCGUGAGAUCUACACCGGCUCUGUGUAUCCAAUUAUUCCUCACUUAUUAGUUGGGCAGAAUGCCAGUGUGUUUGCCUAUGGACCAACAGGAGCGGGUAAGACCCACACAAUGCUGGGGAACCCAAACCAACCGGGUGUCAUACCACGAGCUGUGAGAGACCUGCUGCAUAUGACUUGGUGGAAAAAUUAUAAGCCUGAGGAGGAGAACUGGAGCUACUCCAUCACCAUGUCCUAUGUGGAGAUCUAUCAGGAGAAGGUGAUGGAUCUUCUGGAGCCCAAGAACAAGGACCUUCCAAUCCGAGAAGACAAAGACCACAAUAUCAUCAUCCCCGGGGUAACUCAGAAGACCAUCAACACUUUCUCAGACUUUGAUGAACUUUUUAUUGCUGCAAGCCAGAACCGCACAGUGGCCUGCACCAAACUGAACGACCGCUCCAGCCGUAGCCACGCUGUGCUGCUCAUCAAGGUGCAGAAAAAUCAGCAGGUCCCUCCUUUCAGGCAGCUGACCGGAAAGAUGUAUCUGAUAGACUUGGCAGGUUCAGAAGACAACCGCCGUACUGGAAAUCAAGGUAUCCGCUUGAAGGAGAGCGGCGCCAUCAACUCGUCCCUGUUUACUCUCAGCAAGGUGGUGGACGCUCUCAAUCAAGGGCUCCCCAGAAUCCCUUACCGAGACAGCAAGCUGACCCGUCUCCUGCAGGAUUCACUCGGUGGCUCUGCCCACAGCGUUAUGAUCACGAAUAUCGCCCCAGAACAGAAUUAUUACUUUGACACUCUCACUGCCCUCAACUUUGCUGCCAAGUCUAAGCAGAUCAUCAACAGACCAUUCGGCCAGGAAACCACACAGGCACCAGUCCAGCCUGCCAUGAAGAGACCUCGGGAUGAUUUGGAGAACUCUGCCCCAUCUCAACACUCUAAAAAAACCAAGAGUGAUUCCACAGAGGAGUCUCCUAAUAUGUCCAAAGACACAAAGAAGAAGAACCUCCGGCUUUCCUCCUUAGACCCAGCCCUGGUGGAAAGGCUGCUCAAAUUGGAUAAAAUCCUAACAGAAAAGGGAAAAAUGGAGAUGCCGCUACUGAACACACCCAAACGAGAGCGCAUGGUGCUUCUGAAGAAGUUGGAGGAGAGUCAGUUAGAGAUUGAGAGGUUGAGGGUGAAGCAGAAGGAGCUGGAGGAGAAGUCUCUCGCAGCUGAGGCUCUUUUUGAGAAAUCGAACAACUCGCACUUCGAGUUGUCCGAUUCCAGCGUGAGCGAGAGCAUUUUCCGGGAGCCUCUGAGGACUCGCGCCACAUCCACUGCCAAGACCAAGAAAGUGCUCCGUGUCCUGCCACUGCAGGGUGAGAAACUUGGAGCCUUCACAGCUGAGGGACAGCUCUCUGGCACAGGCCUGGAAGAGGGGAUCAUAGUAGCUGAGAAGAAAACGCGGAAAACCCACGCAGGCUGCGAGAACGUGCCUGGCUGGGAGUUGAAUGUGCGGACAGAUCUGCUCCAGAAUGGCCGAGAGAAGAUCCUGAAUCUGCUGAAUAAAGGCUCGAUAAAAGAGCUCAAGUCCUUGCAGAAGAUUGGGGACAAGAAGGCCAAGCUCAUUGUGGGUUGGAGGGAGUUCAACGGCCCAUUCAAAAACGUGGAGGACCUGGCCUCUAUGGAAGGGAUGUCUGCCAAAUUAGUCGACACAUUUUUUGAGGCCAACAUCCUGAGCAUAGUAGCAAGCUGAAGACCCCCCAGGACCCUUCACUUCUCCCUGAGAAGCCUUCACCUCAUGGAUUCUAUGAAACCUCUUAAUCGCCUGCCUCGUGUACAUUCCUAUAGUCUCCACCAACCCCCUGGUACAUGAGGCUAGUGGGGGGUCUGGCAUCCUCCUUGUGUUCCACCUCUCAUUGUGACUCUUUACCCUCCUCAGUGUGAGGUCGGAGAUGGCAGGAGCGUUGUCUUAUUUUAGGAUUAUUUUUAUUAUCAUUUUUUAAUAAUGUAUUUGGUUGAAUCUGUGCAGUGAGCCGCCCCCACCCCACACAGGCAUCGUACAGAUGUGUCUAUAGGAUCUCCAUAUACUUACACCAUGUAACCACUGUUGUAUAUAAGAUGAAUCAUUUUAGGGAGACUGAACAGACCGCCCUGCCCUGGGUAGAAAGCGUAGCCCCGGCACCCUUGGCCACACAGGGGAGUAAUGCAGGUUGAAGUAUAAUGUAAGUUAUUUGCUCAUCUGUAUGGAUCCUGUGUGUCCAGAUACUGGGUCAAUAUGAGCUGCGGCCAGUGAAGUCUAUGUUUUACUUGUUUUACUCUAUCCAUAUGUCCUGACAAUGAAAUGUGUAGCUUUUUGCGAAGCCUGAACUUUGUGUUGUUAAUAAAACCUAUAUAUAUAUAA